AUGUCUGGCAUCACCGCCGUGUCCACGAAGGCGGCCUUGCCGUACGUCGUGGUGGCCCGGGAGAAAGCGUGGUACGCGGUGGACCUGCAGCUGUUGCAGUUCAUAACUGAUGAUUUGCAACACAGCGGAGGCACGUUCACAUCUGCCAUCCACGUGUGGGCCAAGCAGCACCCAGGGCGCGAGCAGCAAAACCUCAUCCUGGGCGACUUCAUGACGCAGACAGACAACACGCGCGUGCGUCUGGAGGACGCCUGGUACAUGCACAAUGCAAUUCGUCUGGCAGGAGCCAACGCUGAGAGUAUUGAGUGGUCUUUCACGGAGAGCGGAAUAGAGCGCGCCCUUACGAAUAUUGCGGCAUGCGUGCGAAGGGCGCACCUGGCGCGCAUCGCGGAGCACGUGCGGACGUGCCCGAAAUGCGUUGACAAGCUCGGCCUGGAGUUGGAGUUGUACACUGGCUGCCAACGGAAUGCCCCCACGAAACAAUUCUUUUGCAAGUUCUGCCGCCCGUCCAAGAUAGAGCAAGCGCACUUGCUACCCCAGAAGGAGAUCUUGGGCGUCGCUCCUCCAGGACCGGCCGCUGACGGCGACUCCGCGCUGCGGUACGUGGUGAGCUGCUACGACCCCGAUUUGCCAGAACGCCCCUUCGAGGUGCACUUGCCGCGAGCCGAGGUGGAGAAGGACUUGUUGGCGAAGUUCGAGAAGUCGCUGCUUCGGAGCCGGGGCGAUCACGGCAACAAGAAGUCGCGCCCGGCGUGGAUCAAGGGAAGCCGGCAAUUUGCGCGCUGGCUGAGGAAACAGGCGCCGGCUUGUGAGCCGGCCAGCUCGGUCGCGGCGAGCAAUGGCGGAUGGCUUGCUCUGGACAGCAAGCAGGAGGAAGCUAUCCAGGCGUGCGGCGUUGACAAACUCCACGGGAGCAACAAAGUCAGACGCUGCACUGGAGGCAUCGUGACAGCAGUAACAUCGUGCGGCAUGCUGGUGGACUGGAUGGAGCUCUUCCGGGGCGAGUCCAUCGAGCUGCUAUAUGCGUUCGCGCUGCGGCUUCACAAGGAUGGCCGCGAGCUGGGCUUCGUCAUUGCGGCCCUGGGGUACGACAAUGCGUGCAAGCUUCUGUCACUUGCCCGGGCGAAGGAAACGCAGUUCCUACCAUGGACGAAGUCUUUCGUGGAGGAAGUGCGGAUGGUGUUGGACAGGUUCCACCGGGACAACCACACUUGGUGUUUGAACAACAUGCCAGAAGUGGACCCCCUGAGGCCAGAUAAUGCCAAGUUGUUGGACAAGAAAAACACGGAGGCAUGUGAGCAGUUGAACUCUUGGAUCAGCGGGAGGACACGGAGUGGCCUCGAGAUGACGCGGGGGCACUUCCAGAUGCACUGGUGGAUCCUUUUUGACGCCCACAACCAAUGGCUCGAGCGAGAAGCGGCAUGCGAGCGCAGGCGUUGCGAGGCGGGGCCCAUGCAGCGCCGGGAGAGUCGCCGCCCGGGUCGCGGCGCAGACGCAAGCCAACAGUUGCCAGCAAUGACGAAAGGAGAAAUCCGGACCUUGUACCGCAUCCUGGAGAACCAGAACCCGUUCCCCGAAGAAGCUGCGCGCCGGGCGACGCCACUCAUGUGGAAGGUGGCCUCGGCGCUGGGCAAGGCGACAUCUCUGCACGCUUCGUGUGUCUACGUCCACCUCAUGAUUCUGGUAGCCACAACGCUUGGGGCAGUUCAACUCAGGUACGGUGGCAUACUAUCCCGACACUGCAACUUGCUCAUGCUACAGCAUGGCGAACCUGGCGACGGAAAAUCAAUCGCCCUCUGGCUGGACGUGCAGGUGUUAGGAUUCUACGACAUGAUACGGGAGAGGCGCUCCAAGAAGAAGUACGAGGAUGCCGCCCAGAAGCACAAGGACGACCCAGACAAUAACCCAGAGCCAGCAAAAGAACACGCCAAAGACACGAUCUUCAACAAGGGUACCUUCAUCGGUCUCGGGAACUUCAUGCAGGCGCAAGGGGAAACGGCGUUUCUCGCGCUGCACGAGGGGAAGACGUGGCUACCGCAGACCUUCGACAACGGGCCAGGCGGCGGCAUCGAUGAUCUGAACCAGAUUCACGAUCAUGAUCUGUACAAGAACCACCCUGGGAACACGCAGAACCGUUUCUUGGUGCGGAACCCGCACUUGUGCGGUGCGGUCAUGAUGCACAUUGAGGAAGUGUACGAGCAAGCACAGAAGCCCGACACAACAGCAGGCAUGAUGAGAUUCCUGAUCGGCCACUUCACCGCCGUCGUGAACAAGAUCCUACCCGAUGCACCAGCACCUCAGGUGGCGCGCCUCCUGGAGGACGAUCCAGAUUACUUCAACGACUUGGAAUACGACCAUGUAGUGACCGCUAUCGGGAAGGUUAUGCUGACGGCCUCGGCGCUGUACGUACGGGGAGAGGAGCGCCCGGACGAGAAGAACAAGAAGAACAGGUACUCCAAGGUGCGUGGGACGCAAUUUCUGCCGUGGGCUGAGGACGUGAUGGAGCACUUCCGCAAGCAAUUCAACUCGGCUGCGGACUACGUGCGGGAGGAGGCGCGCGCGUCGAAGGGCGCGGACGAAGACAGUGGAUAUGCCACUGCGCGGAAGGACAUGACGAGGACGCUCCAGUUCAUCCCGCCUUUGGACAUAGGCGAGAAGGUCAUCGACUACUUGCUGCAGAAGGCUGGCAAGACGCCGGACAUGAUCAGGGAGAUGACCGGCGAGGAGAUCGUGAACUGCCUCGGGGAGGGCGAGGUGCCUCUUGACUUCGUGGACUCCGUGGACCGGGUCGCCGUCGCCCCGGAGAUUCAGGGGCCAGCGCCGCAUUUCCGGAACCCUUUGUCCUCUGGGUCCCAGGGCCAGCCCGCGCAG